AGUUGGCUGAUAUCUGUGUCACGUCAAAAAGUCCAAAUGUCAAAAUAGUUUUCGUAUUUGUUUACAUUUUUCAAUUAAUUUUAUUAAAUAUAUUAAUUAAUAAGUUUAAAAUACCUUUAAAAUGUCGAAGUCCGCUCACGUAGUAGAUGGCGAAGCUUCAGAAUCGGAGUCCGAAAUCGAAGUUGAAAUUGGAAGAACACCAGACAGCCAUCUGUCUCCAAGUAUGGAUAACUUUGUCAUAUCUGGAGAAGCGCCAGAAUCUGAUGAUGAAUCAAAGCUGUCACCUGCUGACCCUAUUGACAUAGAUCUCCCACUGAACACAGCUCUGUCUCAACCGACCAACCCCAGCAAGCUGGUGUACACGUCUCUGCUGCAUCAGAAAUUAUGGGAAUGCAAUGUAUCGCUAAGGGCAACCAUAGAAGGUCUUAUCAGGCAUACAACAGACAUUUCCGUAGAGAAAUUGACCAGUGCUGAUAAAACUUUGCUAAACGUGCAGGAAAGCAUGAGAGCAACUAACGCCAACCUAACCCUCGCCAAAGCGAGACUGCAGCAGCUGUGCGCGGCGUUGGACAAGGCGAACUGUGCGACCGCUUUACCCACUGUCAAAGUGAAACAUUGAUUUUUACCCAAAUUUUGACGACCAUUGUGACACAGCAGUAAGCAUCAGGGAUGUGUAAUAUAUAAACUAUAUAGCAUUAUCUAUAUAUUUUAGUCAUGCAAACACAACUGCUUCACGGUUGAAACACGAAUGGGACAGAGGUACCCAAGUAAUCGAGUUUUGUACAAAGUCUCCCUCUGGUAAAUACGUUUGUAAAUUAAUAUAUCCAUUAAUGAAUCAAUAUAUUUUACUACAAUAUAUAUAUAUAUAUAUAUAUAUAUAUAUAUAUAUACGUAUAUAUAUAUACGUAUAUAUAUAUACGUAUAUAUAUAUAUAUAUAUAUUGCUAUAUGCCAGCUAUCAUCAUUUGUUUUAUUUUUAUGUAUAUUAUUUUAAUAUAAGGAUUGUAUAUAUAAAACAUAAAAUAUAAGACGGGGCAACUUUUUUUUAAAUAUUAGCUAAGUGCUAGUGUUAGCCAUUAUGCCACUAAUAGGAAACAAGACGAGAUUUUAUAUUAGUAACGGGCAACACUAGCAAAUUUAAAAACGCACUUUUUCAGUGUUACAAGUUUAAGAUUAGAUUACGAUUCCCAGAUCAGGUCGUUUUAAAUUAGGAUUUAUGAUUCAAAUCUACAUAUUGCUUACAAAUUAAUAGAUAGAUAGAUACUCUCUAUUGUUUCCUCCAUAAGAUUACAAUAGUAAACUUAUUAUAGAUACAAACAAUUACAAGAAAUUAUCACAGUGAGACAACAAUGGGCGGCCUUAUCGUUAAGAGCGAUCUCUUGCAGCCAACCUUUGGAUGGAGAGGAGUAAUUAUAAACAGUUUGAUCGGAGACACGAUGAAGAUCCUAUUAUUUCUAAAUAUGGAGAUAUAAUACAUGUUAUAAUGUAAAUAUAUAUCCCUACUCAAUUAAAAGAGCGGCCGUUUUAAUUUUUUUUAAAA